UCUGAUUCAGGAAUGUCUUCGGAAGGUCCAGCCCAAUCACGCUCUGAGGUAAACUCCAACAGCUUCCAUGGUACGUGUUGAGUCCGCUCAGUUGCAACUGGUUCCUCAUCUCCAGUCGCUUAGAUUUUGCCAACCACGUGUCGUUACCCCAUGGAUUGCCGUCUGACUUUGGUCUUCAUGAUACUCGAGUGGUGGCUCCCUUCCCUAGGCAAAUGCAUGAAUCUACUACUAUGGACACGUUGAAUACUUCUGGAUCUGCCUCAGGAUGGUCGGCUCCGGAAAAGGGGAAGUCUCCCUUGAUCGACACGUAUAUGCCAGCUCAGGCUCCGAAUCCCCAUCCAUUUCUUCCUGCCGAUUUUCACCCUCCUUCUCUGUUGCAUCCUCAAGGUCUAUCCACAAAACUGGACUCUAGGCUCAUACAUUCACUGUAUGAUGACACCCCCUCUACUAUGGUUAUUGACAUGAAGGCUACUUUAUCCCCCAUCCGGAAGUAUUACCAGUUUGUUCAAGGUUCAGCUAUGCCUCUUCAAAGCCAGUCUGCUACUGCAUCUACUCAAGAGCACACUGCACCCACCGAGACUUUUAAGGGGGAGGAAUUUGUUCCUCCCCCAAAUCCAUGA